GAGUAGUUGAUCUUGAGAUGCCUCUUACUUAUUCUUCCUGAUCUCCUGGGGACUUCGUGUCCCGGUCAAUUCCCUCUUAUGUCUGAGUAUCCGCGAGCUCCACGUUCCACGUCCAUAUAAUUCCUCGUUCCAACGUCCCACGCCUUACGCCUUGUUGCUCCCUGAAUUAUAGGCGUCUUUCCGCCAAUUGAAGUUGCCCUGAAUUGGGGACUGCGCAACGACACGAACCACCCUCCCCCCCUAAAAGUGCUUGCUCCAACAAACAUCCCUGCCGUGGCCCUUCCCACACUCUCUGAGGCCCUGUCUGUCCAACUGCGGGCGCAUCCUCAUACAUCAUAUUAUCCACCAUCUAUUUACCAAAGUUAGAGAACCCUCUGCUCUACCUCCUUUGCUGGAGCGUUGAGAGACUCGAGCCCGCGCCUCAGCGAAGGCGUAUCUUGCAUCGAGCCGACUGAGGGAGUUCUCGACACGAAAGGAGCGACAUCCUGGGUUUUGUUGUUGGCGUUGCCGUUGUUGCUUACAGCCGCCGUUGCCGCCUUUGCCUGUAGUGCAGUGUUCCUGCCCUCAACCACCUGCCUUGCCCUGUCUGGGAACUCAGUCUCGAUCCGUACCCUCUUCCUUCACGUCAGUUCCCCAUGAUCUCGCCGUCCGCCGCUGUUACCUCCCCAGCGGCUACCGAACCGAGUGUCAACAGAACCACAUCUGCAAGGCGCCGAGGUUUGAGUUACCUGCGUGCUCUUUCGCACAAUCGUUCAUCGGGUGGCACGAGCCCGAACGAGCCCUCCCGCUCGCCCAGGCACUACUUCCAGAGAUCACUUAGUUACAACGACAAUCGACCAGAUCCUAUAACGAGUCGACGACGGAGCACGUCUCGGCCCAACGAACCUACAACCUUCCUCUCCUCAGACACGCGUCAGGUCGACACAAGGAGCCCUUCGCCCCGCGUCGAGCAGGAGCCGCCUGCAGACCAAGUGGAACACACAAGUGCGGAGGAUAUGGCGAGACAUCGAUCAUCCACGUCGAGGAGGACUGCCAGCAACAACAAUCCUCAGCCCGAGGCCUCAGCGGCGGAAGCGUCAGACUCAGUCCCGAGACCUGCCCACGCAAGAACCAAUAACAAGACUACUUCAGGCACAAAAGGAGAGACACAGGAGGGGGAGACGAAGCAACAUUUACCGACCAUUCGUUUCUUUCCUCACCAGGAAAUCAGGAAUGGAAGACCCUCACUCAACUUCUCCCCAAUCACGCGCACCUUACCCGGUGAGCAUUCUAUCAUCAGAGUUGGCCGCUAUUCUGAGCGUGAAGGUGUCCCUUCGGCCAAUCCUACUGGCCCCUCUGAUGCUCCGGUCGGUUUCAAGUCAAAGGUCGUCAGCCGAAAACACUGCGAGUUCAGUUUUCUUGACGGACAAUGGCAAAUCAAAGACGUUGCAUCUUCCUCUGGUACUUUCUUGAACCACAUCAGACUAAGUCAGCCAAACACCGAAUCGAGACUAUUUCCGAUCAAAGAUGGCGAUAUCGUCCAAUUGGGCAUUGACUUCCGUGGCGGAGAGGAAAUGAUCUUUCGCUGUGUCAAAAUCCGUAUUGAAUGCAACCGGGCCUGGCAAAAGAAACCAAACAAUUUCAACAAAAGCAGGCAUCAACAACUGCAGAGCCUUGCGAAGGACCAACCGUCUGCAGAUACUAACAGUGGUGAAUGUUCGAUAUGUCUGGGUUCUGUCUUGCCCUGUCAAGCGUUAUUCGUGGCUCCAUGCGCCCAUGUCUGGCAUUACAAAUGUAUUCGACCCUUACUCGAAGGCAAAAACAGUGUUUACCCACAAUUCCAAUGUCCAAAUUGCCGGGCUUAUUCAGAUCUGACCGCCGAUGUGGACCUUGCUCAAUCCGACAUAGACGAAUGGAUGGAGAAUACAGAUGAUCCAGAGAAUCAGACCGCCGAGGCCAGUGCCGACGCCGCGAUUGAAGCAAAUCAGGGCUCAGAUGCACAUAUCAAUGGUCAAGUAACAGGUGAACCCGACUCCGCCAAUGCGACCAUGCCAACUACUACCAUAGAUGGCGACGACAUUCAAAUGGAUACAGGCUCCGAAAAUCCUCCCGUCACGAUAUCUCAGUCCGAAACCAUCGAUGAAAAUCCUCCUGCGGCAACUCCAAAUGCGUCGGGGCUUUUGGCCCGGAGACAAGCUACGAAUCCGCGUUCUUCUGAGCUUUCAAUGACCGGUAAUAUCGACAUGCCUGACCAACCGGUUGAGGAUGAGAUGCAGGCUCAGCUUGAACAGCAACGUACCCACACCCAAACCCCGGAUCCCGAUCAAGUGGUGGUUGUGGAAGGCCCAUUGACACCCAGGAAUAAUGCAGGGCCCUUUGUUUUUGACGGUAGUGCUGGCAGGUCUGAUGCGAGACAGUUGAUGGUACCGGGAUUGGCGGAUGUGGUUGAUGGAAAUCGUUUGUCGUGAAUUUGUUGAAGUCCCACUCUGAUAGAGCUCCUGAAGAUCUGAUAGGAGCAGGCUCUAGACGCAUGGGGUUGACGGUGCGAGAUUUGAUACUUUGGUGCCCAUGGAUGGAACAUGGAGACAGGGUCAUGACACCACGGACACGAAUUGUGGGCAAAAAGGAGGCGCAUCCCGCUGCUUCCAGGGUCAGGGUCAGGAUCAGUGUUUUCGAACAUCCGGCGAUAGCGAUAUUCUUGAGCGGCUUAUCUGUAGUAUCCAUGACGAAGUAUACUUACUGUUUGCCCUUGUGGCCGAUUUCCAGUGGAUGCUGCAUUGUGUAUGGAUGCAGGUCAUAAUGUGUAUUAGAUAUAUUUCUAUUUUUAUGUACGUGCUUU